UCCAAGCAAAAACCGUGCGCGCAGCAGACAGCAGACCCAUCUCCUUCUUGGUUUCUCUGCGCCCCACGUUCGUGUCCAUCCUCUGACUUUCUGCAUCUGGAGAAGUCGUGCACGAGUCCUCCUUCAUCCUCUCCCUCGGUCGGCGUGCUCCUUGAAUCCCACGUGAAUACAGUUCCCCGUGAGACUCUGUAACCUUCCAGAGAUGCAUCCCUUCGUUGCCAAGGAUUAGACUGUCGACUCUCUCAUUUUCGGGUUCGGUCGCCCUCUGUUUUGCGGCUGUCUCACUUCAAGAACUGAAAGCCUUUGAUCUUCACUGCUUUUUCUUUCUUCAAUCCGUACCAUUUUAGCGUCUGUUUUUCGUUUUUAGCAGUCAGUCGUGAAAUUUUUCUGAAUCGUUUCGUUAUUCCAAAAAUGGUGGACUACGCACAUCGAUCACCGACUGUACAACACGCCGCCGCUCCUGAUGCGAACGCACCCGAAUUCAACCAUCCGGCAAACGAUGUCAACCGUCCUGAUCCCCACAAUCCGACGGAUGAUCAGGAUGGGGAUUCGUCCGUCUCCGAUUGCGAGAGCAUUGUCUCCGCCGACCAUUCGGGCACUAGUGCCGCUCCUCCGUUGCCAUUUACUGGCGCCGGGUUGAUGGAACUUGAGGAGGGGGACAAGGCCCACCGCUUUAUCAAGGAGAGGUUCGUCUCGCGGCUAGGCGCGCUCAGGGAGCAAGUUACCGUGGCGGCGAUCCACCGGAGUUGCUCCUCCAGUGUCGCGGCGAGAUCGCGGGCCCAAGCGUUUCAAGUUUACUCAGAGGCGGUGCAGAAGAAAGGCGGCGGCGACACCGCCAACGUGAGGUACGCAUGGUACCCGGCCUCGAAGGAAGAGGUUGCCAAGAUCUUCUCGUAUGGCUUCGGCUACAGCGGGAAGCCUGAGAACAGUGGCUUGUAUGGCCGCGGAGUUUAUUUUGCUCCCGAUAAUCAUCCUCUCGAAAGCGUUGAGUCCGCCCCUGUAGAUGAAGAUGGCCUGAGGCAUCUUUUGCUUUGCCAAGUCAUAUUAGGUAAAUCAGAGCUUAUCGGUUUUGGCUCGGAACAGUCUCAUCCAAGUUCAGAACAGUAUGAUUCAGGCGUAGAUGACUUAUCAUCUCCUAAGAGAUAUAUUGUCUGGAAUGCCCACAUAAACACUCACGUGUUACCAGAAUAUGUUGUCAGCUUUAGAGCCCCUUAUUACUCAAGAGGAAUGUUGAGAACUUCGGGGAAGUCACGGAAACCGACUUCCCCUUGGAUGCCAUUUCAGGUUUUGAUUUCAGAACUUUCGAAGAUCUUACCUCCAUCCGAUAUCAAUUCGAUGUCCAAGUAUUACAAGGAUCACAAAGAGGGGAAGAUUCCAAGGCAUGUACUGGUGCGAAAGGUCAGGCAAGUAGCAGGGGAUGGGUUGCUGACCAGAAUCAUCAAAAGUUCCAGAACCAAGCAAUUUGGGGCGUGAAGUGGCUGAAAAUGGGAUUAGGGGUGGACUUGAAUAAAGACCAGGAUGUGAGGCGCGUAAAGGAGACCGGUGUUCAUUUUGGCGAGUUCACUACAGCACACGAUAGCGCAAGCAUAUGGUAAACAAGAUUUGGAGGAGGCCUUUCUGAAUCGAACACUAACAUUGUCACCAAUGCUCAGAUAGCAAAAAGACUUUUGUGGAAUUUGUAUGAUAUGCUGAUCUUUUGGGAUUUUUUUCACCUUGGAUUAUAGUCAUAGACAGCAAUCUUUCUUAAUCCCUAUUUCGUGUACCGUUUAUUUUUAAUAGAGACUCAAUAUUUUUCUUUGUUGCA